UUGUCCCAAUGUGCUCGAAUCAAGAUUACCAGCAUCAACCUGUCCAAACUUGACGGCGUGUGCACCAAGAUCCUCCAGAUCGGCAAGAACACCGGCGUCCGCGUAAAGGGGCCGAUUCCGCUUCCCGUAAAGCGCCUGCAUGUGGCCACAAGAAAGUCGCCCUGCGGCAACGGGACCGAGACCUAUGAGAAGUGGGAGAUGAGAAUGCACCGCAGGAUAAUAGUCAUCAACGUAGACGAGAAGGCCAUCAGGCAGCUGACCAGGAUAGACCCGCCCAACGACGUCUACCUCGAGGUAAAGAUAACGUGA